AUGUCAGCAGACUACAUCCAACUGGUGGGUACAGACGUGCCUGGCAGUUACGGCAGUUGCUGCUUUAGCGGUCAAGUGCACCACGAGGCAUUGCGAUGCCCAACAGAGUGGGCAACAGCCGAAUAUACACAACAACAACAACAACAACAACAAGGACUAGAAACAGGAAUAAAACGAAAAACAACCACUUCAUCCACAUCCUCAUCCUCCACAGAGGCCUUCUCGGGUGAAGGUCAGUUGUUAUUCUUUAAUUGCCCGGAAGGAACCCAGCGAUUUGGGGCGGAGGCAAACUUAAGACUCGUCCGCACACGUGGUUUCUUCUUCACACGAUGGACCGCCGCGACGGUGAUGGGCAUGCCGGGAUUACUCUUCACCAUUAACGAUGCGGGAGUGCGGCAUGCCAACUUCUUCGGCCCCAGUUCACCUCCACCCAUCAUACAAGAUGAGAAUGAAGAAAAGGAAAAGGAAUAUAAAGAAGAAGAAGAAGAUAAUAAUAAUAAUAAUAAUAAUAAUAAUAAUAAUAAUAAUAAUAAUAAUAAUAAUAAUAAUAAUAAUAAUAAUGGGCAAUGGCAACAGAGAGAAAAGGAAUGUAAGGAUGUAUCUUUGACAGCAGGAUUAACAGGGAUGUUAAAUGCAUUACGUCGACAUUACUUUUGGUAUCGAAAGAUGCGCUUUCAACAACUUUGGGCGGGUCAUUCACUACGUAAAUACACAACAUCACUCCCACACUAUGAUGUCUUUGAAAUCCCAUUACCAACAACAACAACAACAACAACAACAGCACCACAAGCACCAGCAUUACAAGCACAUUCUUCAUCGCUUUCAUCAUCAUCAUCAUCAUCACUAUUGUUAACAUCCCAAUCUGGUUUUAUAACAUUGGCACUGAUGCUGAGUCCAACAUGUGCUCUUAUUGCAUUUCGCAUCACAUCUCUUGCGGUGUCGUCGGCGGCGGAUGUAACGUACGGCUAUGCUAUUAUACACGCCCCAGCAGCGAGUUUUGACCCGCGUCGUGCCAAAGCGCUUGGAGUUCCACCAGGCCCACUCUACGGUCAACUCAAACAAGGCAACGGUGUGUGGAUUGAUAAGAAAACGACAUGUACAGAUGUAGGAACAACAACAACAACGACGGAGAAAUGUUAUAUUGAUCCACGUAGUGUGAAACAGGGAACUGUGGGGAGUCAACGGAUGUAUGUUUCUUUGGUUCUUGAUGGGGAUAACUGUGAUGAGGUGGCAACGGCGAUGGAGUUGCUGUUUGGUCGAGCCGUGGUUAGUAAUGCGGAAGAGCAACAACAACAACAGUCAUUUGUUAAUAAGACAGAUGAUGUUAUUCAUGGAAAUAAUACAGUUAAUAAUAAUAAUAAUAAUAAUAAUAAUAAUAAUAAUAAUAAUAAUGGGAAUCCUUGUGGUGAACUCAAACGUUUUCUCAAGCAAUGGGAACCAUCUCUAGUCUACUGCGAUGAACAUGCAUCCGAUAUAGUGGUAGAAGAAGAACAACAACAACGAGAAGAGAGAAGUAUGGAAUUAGUACACAUUGUACAUGUACAGUGUACAGACUUCUUCUCUUUUAUGGGUUUAAAGACUCUUUCAGAAGCACAGAAACAUUAUAUCACAUCUAUCUUUGCACAUGUGCGUGAGGAUAUCCGUGUUCAAGCUAUGGCAAACGUCUGCAGUGAUAUCUCUUCUACGAAUCCAACAGACUCUAUAAACAGAACACCAAUAACAACACAUCACUUCUGUGCGGCUAUUCAACAAGAGUUUUCUGCCUUUCCCACAGCUCUUACUCACCGCUAUCAUCUCAAUAGUAUUGCCCCAGCACAAUUUCCAAUACCCUAUACAUCCUUUGAGGAAAAAGCCAAUGCUGUAGUUGAAUCAGAAUUAACCAUAGAAGGAGAGAGUCAAAGUGGAAAAGGUCCUGUUUGGCCGUAUGGUGUGAAACAUCAAUUAAUUCCUGCCGGUGCUGGUACUCCUAUAGUGGACGGUAGACAGACUUUAGAACCCGUUGAGAGAGGUGUAAAUAAUAAUAAUAAUAAUAAUAAUAAUAAUAAUAAUAAUAAUAAUAAUAAUAGCAACAAGAACAAGAAUGAUAAUAAUAAGAAAAACCAUGAUAAGAAACGGGAUAUGCUAGGGCUUCUUCGUUACCCAACCAUACGAUCGGCAGUAGCAAUGCUCUCACCUCAAUUUCGAGCAACUAUUGCCGAAGUACAUCAACAAGAACAACAACAACACGUUGUCUUGACAUCACCGACUUCUUCUAAUCACAAUCAUAAUAAUAAUAAUAAUCAUCUUGAUGAAAAAGAUGGUGGUGGGGCUCUGACAUUUCUUGGUACUGGCUCUGCUGUUCCCAGCAAGUACCGCAAUGUGAGUGGCACAUACCUUGAGGUGAUGUACUAUACACACGAUAACACCAUCACACCUCGUCGUGCUAUUAUCGUAUUAGACUUUGGAGAGGGAAGUGCUGGACAAUUGGCCAUGCAGUUGGGCAGUACAUGUACACAAGCACUACAGCGCUUUAUGGAAGAUUUGACACUUGUCUUUAUCUCCCACGCACACGCCGAUCAUCAUCUUGGAUUACUGAGUCUAUUGGAACUACGACACCGCCUCUUAUCAUCAUCAUCAUCAUCAUUAUCAUUAUCGAGUAAUGUUGAUAAGCAACGAGAACCUUUACUUGUGGUGUGUCCACAGGAAGUGCUGGAAUUCCUACAGGAGACAUGGGGAUGCUGUAAUAGUUACAAGUCGUGGCUGCAGGAAGAGGUGGUGUUUGAUAUUAUUCCCGCAGAGCGGUGUCGUGUGAGGAGUGAGGGUAAUAUUUAUAAUAAUAAUAAUAAUAAUAAUAAUAAUAAUAAUAAUAAUAAUAAUAAUACGAUUAACAGUUCGGAUAACGCGACUGCAUGGACACCCACAGUACCAGUGUUUCUACCGCGACUAAACGCUCUCUGCACAUCUCUGCACAAUAACACACAAAUAAUGACAACAACAACAACAAAAACAAAAACAACAGCAAUGAAUGUAGUUGAGAGUAUUACAUCUCCACUGUUGUGGGCUGCGGAGGUUUUUCCAGUCCAUCAUCCGGCCAAUGCGCAUGCCUUACUACUGCGAUUUCCAGCACCAGCAGCGAAUGGCACCUCACGUGUGAUGUUAUUCUCCGGUGAUACUCGACCCUCCCCAUUUCUCAUUGACCGCUGCCAUCAAUUUACCCGCAGAUAUCACCAACACGGAAAAGAAGAAGAAAAAGAAAAAACAGAAAAAGAAGAAUUAUUUCUAUGUCUUCAUGAAGCCACAUUUGGUGAGGGCUGCGAGGAGGAGGCGGUACAAAAGUGUCACUCUACACUGCCGGAGGCACUGCAGGUGGCCGCAGCCAUUCGCGCCAGACACAUUGUACUCAAUCACUUCUCCCAGCGGUAUCCAAAACUGCCGGGGCUCAUGAAAUCACAAUUAGACGGGAAAGACGUGGACCUGCAGGGGAAAAGAAGAAGAAGACCACGACUGCUGGAGGCGGAGGGGCACAGCUAUGAGCAGAUAAGUAUACCGUAUGCAAAUGAUAAGGAGGGCGAGGCAGAGCAAGAACAACAACAAGAAGAAAAGAAGGAAAAGAUGAUAACACCAUUAAAUACAUCAACUGGAACAACAACAACAACAACAAUAACAGCAGCAACAACACAAGAGCGAAAGAUGUGUUUUGGCUUUGACUUUAUGCGGCUCAGUUUUGCAUCUAUGGAGUCUGGAGAGACGGCCCGACUGACGCCUGUAUUUGUGCAGUUGUUGGAGGAGUACGAGUCGUGGGGUGUCGGUACGACGAAGCGACUUCGUGAGUGA